AUGGUCUUCCCGUCAAUUGUAGUAAACAAUCAUAGUCGAUACUAUCCUGUGCCACGUUAUGAACUGAUUGAUGAUGUCUAUAUCGCUACUGAUCCGACUGAGUUAAUCGAGACUGGUAGAAUGUUAGAUCAUAGAAACUUCAUCACUAGUCAACUGGUUGACUCUCUGUAUGACUAUGUAUCUCAUCUUAUGGAUGACAUGGAUAUUCGUGAUGAGGAGAAUGAUGACGAUGACGAUGUAUUAAAGUAUUUCAAAAUAAGAACUCAUUCUUCUCCUGCCAAAGAUGGAGUCGACCCCGAUGUUGUUGCUGAUUCAGAAUCAGAAAUCUGUGCUAUAUGCCAAUCUGAAUUUGAACACGAAGAUAGUAUAGGAACAUUGCAGUGUGGACAUGAGUAUCAUAUGGACUGCAUCAGACAGUGGCUGUUGAGGAAGAAAGAUUGUCCCAUGAGCAGAGCUUCGGUUUUGCCUUCACAAGAACGGAGAUUAUAG